CAGUAGGAGUUGGGUAGACAGGAGUGGUUCCUGACAGUACCAAAAAUGUCAUUAAAAAUAAAAAAGGCAGUUGAUUGAAGAGAGUUGUCCUCAGGUUUCUCGCUUUGUGACAGCAUAACUGACUCUCUGACAGUGCCUUGUGAGCUGAAAAGGAUCAGAAAUGAAGUUCAGGGCUGCGGUGGCAGGGAGUGACGGUAUCCGGUUGACAAUGGAGAGUGCUCUGACAGCCCGUGACCGUGUGGGGGUUCAGGAUUUUGUCCUGCUAGAGAACUUCACUAGCGAAGCAGCCUUUAUUGAAAACCUGCGUAAACGAUUCAAGGAGAAUCUGAUCUAUACUUACAUUGGCUCAGUUCUGGUGUCAGUAAAUCCAUACAAGGAUCUGGAAAUCUACAGCAGACAACACAUGGAGCGAUACCGUGGUGUCAGUUUCUAUGAAGUCUCUCCUCACCUUUAUGCUAUUGCUGACAACUCAUAUCGUUCCCUUCGCAUUGAGAGGAAGGAUCAGUGUAUCCUGAUAUCAGGGGAGAGUGGAGCUGGAAAAACUGAAGCCACCAAGAAAAUCCUGCAGUACUAUGCAGUGACAUGUCCAGCCAGUGACCAAGUUGAAACAGUGAAAGAUCGCCUCCUACAGUCCAAUCCGGUCUUAGAGGCAUUUGGAAAUGCAAAAACCCUUCGGAAUGAUAACUCCAGCCGAUUUGGAAAAUACAUGGAUGUGCAGUUUGAUUACAAGGGGGCACCUGUGGGGGGUCACAUCCUGAACUACCUACUGGAGAAAUCUCGUGUUGUCCAUCAGAAUCAUGGAGAGAGGAACUUUCACAUCUUCUACCAGCUGCUAGAGGGAGGGGAAGAUGACCUACUGAGGCGUCUGGGCCUUGAGAAGAACCCACAACAGUACCAUUAUCUAGUGAAGGGUCAGUGUGCGAGGGUCAGUUCCAUCAAUGAUAAAAAUGACUGGAAGGUUGUGCGAAGGGCCCUAUCAGUCAUCAACUUCAAUGACAAUGAGAUAGAGGAUUUGCUGAGCAUUGUAGCUAGUGUGUUGCACCUGGGGAAUGUGCAGUUUGCUGCCAACGAACAGGGCAAUGCUCAGGUGACCACAGAGAACCAGAUUAAAUAUCUGGCCAGGCUUCUGGGGGUUGAGGGCUCUGUGCUCCGGGAAGCACUGAUCCACAAGAUGAUCAUAGCAAAAGGGGAAGAGUUGGUCAGUCCUCUGAAUCUGGAGCAGGCAGCCUAUGCACGGGAUGCUCUAGCCAAGGCAGUAUAUGGGCGCACCUUUUCCUGGCUAGUGAAUAAGAUUAACAAGUCUCUUGCCUACAAGGGGGCAGAAUGUCCAGGCUGGAGGAGUGCAACAGUUCUAGGGCUGCUUGACAUUUAUGGAUUUGAGGUUUUCCAGCAUAAUAGCUUUGAGCAGUUUUGUAUUAAUUAUUGUAAUGAAAAACUGCAGCAGCUCUUCAUAGAACUUACACUAAAAUCAGAACAAGAGGAGUAUGAGUCAGAAGGCAUAGCGUGGGAAGCUGUCCAGUAUUUCAAUAACAAAAUCAUUUGUGAUCUGGUGGAAGAGAAAUUCAAAGGCAUAAUUUCUAUUUUGGAUGAGGAGUGUCUGAGACCUGGGGAUGCCACAGACAUGACAUUUUUGGAGAAGCUGGAGGAAACAGUGAAGAACCAUCCUCAUUUUCUCACACAUAAGCUGGCUGACCAGAAGACUCGGAAGUCUCUAGGCCGAGAAGAGUUCCGUCUCUUGCACUAUGCUGGAGAGGUCACCUACAUUGUCACAGGUUUUCUGGAUAAAAACAAUGACCUUCUAUUUCGGAACCUGAAGGAGACCAUGUGCAGCUCGGAGAAUCCCAUCAUAAAUAAUUGUUUUGAGAGGACUGAGUUGACAGAUAAAAAGAGACCUGAAACUGUGGCAACUCAGUUUAAGAACAGUCUGUCCAAACUAAUGGAAAUUCUGAUGUCCAAGGAGCCAUCAUACAUUCGCUGCAUUAAACCUAAUGAUGCUAAACAAGCUGGUCGGUUUGAUGAAGUUCUGAUCCGACAUCAAGUGAAGUACUUAGGACUGAUGGAGAACCUGAGAGUGCGCAGAGCUGGUUUUGCUUAUCGCCGGAAAUAUGAAAUAUUCCUGCAGAGAUACAAAUCACUCUGUUCAGAAACAUGGCCCACGUGGGAAGGGCGGCCCCAUGAUGGAGUGUCUGUGCUUGUAAAACAUCUAGGCUACAAACAGGAAGAGUAUAAGAUGGGCCGAACAAAGAUUUUUAUUCGUUUUCCCAAGACUUUGUUUGCAACAGAAGAUGCUUUGGAGAUACGGAAGCAGAGUCUGGCCACAAAAAUCCAGGCCACAUGGAGAGGCUUCUAUUGGCGACAGAAAUUCCUGCACAUGAAACAUUCAGCAAUAACUAUCCAGUCAUGGUGGCGUGGAACCCAGGGACGCCGAAAAGCCGCCAAGAAAAAGUGGGCAGUGGAGACAAUUAGACGGUUUAUUAAAGGUUUUAUUUACCGGAACUACCCUCGCUGCUCAGAGAAUGAAUACUUCCUAGAUUACAUUCGAUACUCCUUUUUGAUGAACCUCAAACGCAAUUUACCAAAGAAUGUUUUGGACAAAUCAUGGCCAACUCCCCCUCCAUCACUCUGCGAGGUAUCUCAGCUCUUGAGACAACUGUGUAUGCAAAACAUGGUGUGGAGCUACUGCAAGAGAAUCAGCCCAGAAUGGAAACAGCAGUUAGAUCAGAAAGUGGUUGCAAGUGAGAUGUUUAAGGGUAAAAAGGACAAUUAUCCUCAGAGUGUUCCCAGGCUCUUCAUCAACACUCGACUUGGCACUGAAGAGAUAAACCCUAAAGUCCUUCAGGUUUUAGGAAAUGAAACAAUCAAGUAUGCAGUUCCCGUGGUCAAGUAUGACCGGAAAGGAUACAAGGCAAGAGUGCGGCAGCUACUUCUCACUCAGAAUGCCAUCUUCAUUGUUGAAGAAGCCAAAAUCAAACAACGAAUUGACUAUGCCAAUCUGACAGGAAUCUCAGUCAGCAGCUUGAGUGACAGUUUGUUUGUGCUUCAUGUGCGCUGUGAGGAUAACAAACAGAAGGGAGAUGUUGUACUACAAAGUGAUCAUGUCAUUGAGACACUAACCAAAACUGCCAUGAGUGCUGACAAAAUUGAUAAUGUCAACGUCAGUCAAGGCAGCAUAAAAUUUACAACUGGGCAAGGCAAAGAAGGAAUAAUUGACUUUACUUCAGGAUCUGAACUGCUCAUAGCCAAAGCCAAAAAUGGCCACCUUGCUGUGGUUGCUCCUCGUUUGAAUUCUCGAUGAUAAAAUUUGUCAGCAGGACAGGCUCUGUUCCUCUGGCAGUCUGGAUUGCCUUUUAUACCAGUGGCUGGACGUACUUCCCUGCAGUUGUGUUUUUUUGCUGCUUUGCUCAUUUCCUUUUAAUAGUUACCAAAGAACUGCACUUCCAAAGUGAAAACAAGAGAAUAUAAUCUGAAACGACCAAAAAAAGAGAGAAAGCAAGGGGCGGGGAAAGGGGGUGGGGGGGGAGAGAAGCACUCUCUCUUACUGGCAAUGGCCUGGUUUGUUUUUACAGUUGGGGCUCAUAAAAGUCAUGAACGUGGUUGGACUCAGUGGGAGUCAAGGUGGUUAUUGAUGCACAGACCAAGCCCUGAAGUGAAAUUACUGUCAUGAUAUGUACAAAAAGCAUGGUCUGAAGAGACAGACGCAAAGUGGCAGAUCGGUAUUGUAAAGUGCCAUACUUUAUCAUCAGAGAACAAUUUAUGCACAAUUUUGCUUUGUUGCUUUCUGAUGCUUUGUAUAAAAAUAUUAAGAAGCCAUAUAUAAAUGAGUAAAAUCCUGUAAAUAUUUUUUUAGCUCAGGGGUGAGUUGCACUAAGAAAAGUGGAGCUUUUAUGGGAACUUUAAUUAUGGAAGGUAAUGUAGUAAAUGUACUCUUUUAAAGCACCUAUCUUUCCUCCUAUGGAUCCUGCCUUCCAAAGAUGGUGCACACACCCCCCCCCCCCCGCCCAAAUCCUGUAGUGCUUGUUUCUUUUACACAUAUGCUCACCUUCCCAACAUGUGUAAAAGACUUUGCAGACACACACACAGCUCUUCUUCCCCUCCACCCCCUAUACCUGAAAGAACCCUCAGGUGUUUAUUGGCUCUGGGCCCAUGCCUUAGUAGUAUUGGUGAGGGAUUCACAAGUGACCUGUUCUGCUAUAAAAGUACACCUCCCCUAAAGCCCUUGGUCUCUGCAGCACAUGGCAACUUGGGCAGAGUUAUUCAGUAGUGCCAUAGGUAAAAUCCCUACACAUCAGCAGGGGUAGUUAGGGGGUUGCAUUCUCAAAAUAAACACAGGUCAUAGAAAUUGCUUUCCACAAACACUGUUUUAAAUAGAACCAGCUUGGCCACACGCUGGCUGCACUUCGUGGAAUCCUUGCCAUUAAAUUCCAUGCUAUAUCAUUUUACUCUGUAAUAGUGAACUGUGUAUGUUAAAGUAUUCACCAAAACUGCACAGGGGGAAGGAAGAGUACAGUGAGGCAAAUAGAGCUAAAUCUGAAGAGUUUUUUUUUUUUUUAAAUACAUAAAUUGAGGAGGAAAAAGCUUGGAGGUGAACUGCUUUCUAGUAAACAAACAGCUGCAUCACACUAAGCUGCAACUGCCACAGUUAAAAGUCUACUGCUAGAGCAAGGCACCAUGUACUUGCCUUCUUUGGGUCUGCCUUCCUAAUUCCAACUGUAAUCAGAGCAGUGGCAUGCACCCUUUAAGCUCAAAAAACCCUAAACAUGCUGCCACUGGUAUGCAAUCGGCUCACACUAAUAUUUUGUUUUUUUCCCUACUUCUGUGUGUUAUCAAACACUGCAUCAUGCCUGGAAUGCUGUACACGCUGUAGUGUAUAUGCUAUAUUAAUGCUGUAUACACUGAUAGAAUCCCUAAAGUCUGCUAAAUAAAAUUUUUUUUAUAAACAAAAAAGAUGAGGGUUUAUUUUAGUUGUGUUUUGAUUUUUUUAGCAAUAUAAAGGAUAUUCAACAGGUGAACAACACUGUUUAUUGUUAGCAGCUACCCUAAAAACCAAUACAAUUCUUACCUUCUUAUGAAUGCUGUGCUUCUAAAAGUAUCAUCUGGCCAGCUUAUGCCUGAAGCUUAAGUUGGGUCAUUAUGGGCAAUUUUUUGACUGGUAAGGGUAGAAAUUCAGUAGAACACAAAUGAGCCAAGCCCUGUUGUUAGCCAUACCAACACUGCACAAAUAUAAAUGCUGUCUCUGACCCCUUCCCAUCAGGCCUUUGACUGGUGGAGGCAAAGCAUCCAAGAGGAGAUGCCAAUUUGAGCUAAGUGCAGAUAACUAAGCUGUGGUCUACACUAAAAACUUUAAAUAUGUGACUGAGGGGGUGUAUUAAGUUCACAUGCCUGAGUAAUAGUUACACUGAUCUAAGCCCUCAGCUGUAGACAGUGGUACGUCAAUCAGAAGUUCUCUCUUAUGUAGCUA